AAAAAAAAAAAAGAAGAACUUUUGACCGACACCCUCUCUGCAGCCGGAGGAGCGCAUUUGACAUGUACACUCUCACCUUAGUCCGAUGUCUGCCAGAUCCAAGAAGCAAAAAUGGAGUCCGAGAGACGGCAUCCCGGUCACCAUCAUAAAUCCAAUGUUAAAUAUGGCGUGAUAGUCUUCGGAAUCUCAUUGGUAGCUGCGAUUUUGUUGGCUGUGUCCAAUUAUGUAUAUCUCAACAAGUGGGUGAGGAACGGUGCUCCUCGUCAAAGAUCAAUAUGGGCACGCCUCGGAUCACCGAAACCAUUAUGGCUACAUCUCUUGAUAUGGCUGAUAGUUACACUUGCUUUAUCAGUUGUCAAGGUACAUGAUAUAAAAGAACACUAUUCCACCAUCAUUAAACGUCUAGGUCGUGUGGGUUUCUACCUCGUGCCCUUCGACAUAUUAUUGGCCAUUCGGCCAUCCUUGUUGGCAACUUCUUACCUUGAGUACAUUUCAAUACACAAAUGGAUUCUGAGACUAAUAUUGUUGUUGGUGACGCUACAUGGAAUCGGGUACUUUGCAAAAUGGAUAAUCACCAAUAACAUUUGGCAAAAGUCUACGAAGACGCUCAAUUUUCUAGGUGUUGUUGUGUUCUUCCUUGGUUUGGUUCUUGCAAUUUUCUCGCUGCGGCCAAUCAGACGCCGCGUGUAUCGGGUCUUCUAUCUUUGGCAUAAUAUCACAGUUGCCGCAUUCAUGAUACUCAUUUUUUGGCAUGCCAGGCCGGGGGUGGCCGAUGCUGUGAUUCUUUCUCUUUGCUUGGUGGUUUUCCAAUUAGUUCAACGCAUCCGCAAUUGCAACAAAGGAUCCCAAAUCAGUAUUUCCGAUGAGAAGUCUUCAAGUCUACUCGUUCUACGUUUGCCUGUACCGAAACGUUUUCCUUCCCAAUGGCAAGCCGGCGCCCAUACAAGAAUAUCUUAUCCCCUUACAGAUGUCAGAUUUUGGCUAUUUCCAUCUCAUCCAUUCACCAUCUUCUCGCUCCCAGGUGACAAAUCCUUGGAUCUCGUUGUCAACAAGAGUCACAGGUUCCACUUGCCGGCCUUGCAAAACUAUACUAUCUCCAAUCCAUACGCUUCUCUCCCUCCCCCUUUCUUCCAAACUGCUGAGAAAGUCAUCAUAUUAUGUGGUGGCUCUGGAAUUUCGCUCGGGAUUCCUAUCUUCAGAAUUCUCAAGUCAAAUGCUUCAAUUCAUUCGGAACUUCAUUGGUCUGUCGCAAACAAGGCUGAUGCAUUCGUUUUGCCGAGUGUUAAACGCGAUAGUGAAAUCAACGUCUACGUCACUAAAAACUCCUCGAUGAUGUUACAAAGUGAUGAUGCUCACGCCCCAAAUCAUGCUCUCUUAUCAAAUAUCGAAUCGCUUGAAUUGGAAUCUUUUGGCGAAGACAGCGGCGAAGUAUCUGAAAGUUUCGGUGAGGCUGAAAAAAAAUAUUCAGAAAACAAUACUGGUACCAGGUUUCAUUCCGGGCGACCAGUCAUUGGCGACAUUUUUUCGCCUCUCUUGGAAGGUUUUAACAAGGAGAAUUACUGGAUCGUUGUAUGCGGUCCAGAAUCCAUGAUCAAUGUUGUCAAAAAGUGGGGAAAAGAUAAUGAAAUUCUGGUGUUUCUGGAAAAAUAUGACUUCUAAUCACAUAUUACAUAUUAUAGAAAUAUUACACUAGAAAUAAUGCGUUUGUGAGAUUCC